AUGUAUUCGAUCAAGAAUUCUUUGGAUAUCUGUCUUGAUAAGCUCUAAUUUUUCAGAUUUAGAAGUCUCAUAAAGACAUUGACUUUGAUUAAAAUUUGUUUCGGAAUUGAUCAAAGCUCAAAUUAACUCGAAUGGCUAUUAAGAUAUUUUCUGAUAGAAUUUGAAAACAGCCUAAUAAAAAUAAAGAAAGACUCUUAAAUCAAUAAUUAUAAAUAAAGUACUCAAGCAGAAGCCAAAAAAUAAGCUGAUAAUAAGUAAGCACUAUAAAUCCUUUACUUAGUUUUGUUUUGA